CAGGCAGUACUACUUUUACCACUUUCUAUCAAUUUACCCGAUGCACAACAAUGUCAACAGUAACAGGAAGAAAUAGAAGUUAAUGUUAAAUCACAGUUGUCAAACAGCUUUGAAGGAGAAAGUGUGAAAUCAUGCCGAGAUCCAACAGAAGUCGUAGUAGUGGGAGAGAGUCGCACAGAAGUAGAACUCGGAGUCGACAUCGAUCCUCCUCACGUAGAAUCAGUCGACAGAAACUGAAAGAGAAAAACUUCUGGUCUGCGCUCUGCAGCAUGGUAUCCAUAGUGAUCAUGUGUACAUCCCUCGCAGAACCUCGAUGGAUUUCGUUACAUGGUGGAGGCUGUCGAUUGAGAAAUUGUGUUCCUCUUGAUCACUUAGGAGCUUAUCAGUUUUUCUAUUCGGGUCAUUUUUUGGGGACAUAUGACUUAAACUGUCCAAAUGGCAAUGCUGUGACCCAUAUACUGUACCAGUAUGGAGGUGAUGCGUCCAGCACAAUGGACAACUGUGUUACCCAUAAAGCAGUGAGUCUGAUGAAAACCAUCAUUGCCUUUAGUUUUCUGGCUUUGCUGUGUACGCUGUGUGCCUUUAUUCUCGACCUUGUGGGUCCCACUCAGCGUUCACUGAGAAUCCUCCACAGAAAUGCCAUACUAAGUGUCAUUGCAGUGAUUCUGUGUGUGAUUAUAGACCUGUUUUGUUACUGGCUUGUGUCAGAGGUGCUGUUUCUCCAGAAAAUGACAAAACUUCACACAGGGAGUAAAGUGACCGUCACAUUUGACAUCAGUUUUUACUUAAUGGCAGCAGCAGGUGGCAUGGGUGUGUUUGCUACAGCAUUGAAUUGUUUACGACGAUACCCAGUGUAUGAGGAUGACCAGACAAAUGCUCUGUUAGAGGAGCAGGUGUAUGACUGUGUAACCCCCGAGCCAGAAAGUGGACACAUAGACAUUCCUCCCCCUCCAUAUUCCCUCCAGCCAAGCCUGUAGAAAAAACUGCUAAGCUGUGCAAGCUUUAAAUUGUUUUUAUAUUUCUUGCUUUUAAUUUUACUACAAUUUUCCAAGUUGCUUUAGCCUAGUGAUGAGGGAACUAGCUUCACAGCGGCCCUGGAAUCGAUUCUCAGUCCUGGCAUCGUGUCUAACUGAAGACCACAUGAGUAGUGACUGUUCCUUUGCCAAGUGCAAAGCAUUAUAAGUGAAAGUCAUGGGUCUUUUGGUUAUGACAUAUAAAACACAGCCCUUUCUGUUCACCACAACAAUUUUUCAAUACUGUGUCUCAGACUUAAUGGUCUAACCUCAAAACACAAUUUUGUUUUUAUGUUCAGCUACUCUUUAUUCUUUACAUACAAAUACUGCACUUUGCUGAUUUCUAGAUUUUGUAGUUUUGCUCAGCAAAAAUUUGUGCACCAUGAAUAAAGAUAAAACCACAGAAUUCAUAUUGAAUCCAGUAAUGUGAUUUUAAUUUCUGUUGAUAUGCCAAGGACCAUAUGCUGUUCAACAUAAAUUAUCAAUUCUGAUGCAACUGUUUUGUAAUCCGCAUUUUGAUUGGCUAAUGCAAUGGGGUUUCAAGCAGUUAAAUGAGUAUUAAUGAAACAGAAAGGUUUCAACUGGGAUUUCAUAAUAGAAUGAUGCAAAAAAAAAACCAUAAUGUCAAGCAUAAACAUUUUGUGGCAUUUACAUAGUAUGAAAAAGCAACCAACGCUCAAUGAAAUAAGACCAAGCAAAAUGCAUAAAUUGCAUCAGAAUAGGGUUAGCUAAGUUCUCAUUGUUAUUUGCAACCAUUAAAGCUGAUUUAAUGGUUGAAAACAUCCACUUUACCGGUUCCGCAUUAAAAUUCAGUUGGUGACUGUUAAAUCGGUAUUAACAGUCACAAAACUACUUGUAAUUACCAUUUUAACUCGUGUGAUUUAAUUGUCAUGAUACAGAUAGUAUGAUAUAGUUACAGUAAAACAGGGUUAUAGUGAACACGCUUAUAAUGAAUUCACUCUUACAGUAGAACAGGGUUAUAGUGAACACGCUUAUAAUGAAUUCACUCUUACAGUAAAACAGGGUUAUAGUGAACACACUUAUAAUGAAUUCACUCUUAGAGCGAGGUCAUUUUCAUGCCCUUUAGUUUUAAAAUAUGAACUUCCUUGAUAUAAGGGGCAACAUCAAAAGAUCAAUGUCGGAUAAAAAUCUAAAUUCAAACAGUUAGGGGGAGGGGGGGAUUAAAUCUCCCGCAAGUUUCUGUCACCGGACAUUGAUUACACUUUAGUGGAAAAAGAGAAGAAAACUUUUGAUUUUGCCCCUAAUGAAUUAGUUUUAUAACAAAUUAAAUGUUCUUCCCCCAGCACUUCACUAUAACUGUGUUUUACUGUAUUAGAUGUAGAUUAUUGAGAACUUCAUUGUAUAUAUAGAGUAUCAAUGCAUUAUAAUAAAUGUUUACAACCCACUA